UGCGUGCUAUGCUAUAUGGAGACCGCGUUCUCCACGGCCGCGCGCACGCGCAAGACGGACGCGAGUAACAGCGCUACAGCUAGCACAGGCACACGGCCUGUCAGUUGCCGCCUGGCCAGUCACUGCCAUACCCUCCCCGGCCGCUUCUUAAAUAGCGCCGAGCCGAUCGGGGCCGCCGCGCUUUCCAGAGUCGAGACACAAGCAAGCCCAGCGCGGCAACACAUUCUCGCCGCGCAAACACGCGACGGAGAGGCUUCGUUGAUCGACGAGGACUCCACCAUUGGCGCAAGCCCUUCCUUGUCUGGUUCUCAUCAGACUCGGCCAAAGCCUCACCAAGUCAUCGGCCGGUCUCGGCCUUUUUCUGGUUGGAGCGAGCUAGUAUUUGCGUUCAUGGCCGUGGCGGGGCGGUUUGGAAAUCAGUGGCCGCCGUAUUGCUUCUUCGUCGUCGUGCUCGUCGUCCUGCUGACAGAUCAGGUGCUAAUAAGAACUGAAGGCCUGUCCAUCGGCAUCAACUACGGGCAGAUCGCGGACAACCUCCCCUCCCCGUCCCGGGUGUCAUGGCUCCUCCGGUCGAUGCAGGUCAGCAAGGUGAAGCUCUACGACGCGGACCCGAGCGUGCUGAGCGCGUUCCUCAACACCGACGUGGAGUUCGUCGUCGGCAUCGGCAACGAGAACGUGUCGGCGAUGGUGGACCCUGCGGCCGCGCAGGCGUGGAUCCAGCAGCACGUGCAGCCGUACCUCCCAAGCACGCGCAUCACCUGCAUCACCGUCGGGAACGAGGUGUUGAAGGGCAACGACACCGCGCUCAAGGCCAACCUCCUCCCGGCCAUGCAGUCCGUGUACCAGGCGUUGACCGCGCUGGGCCUGCAGGGGCGGGUGAACAUCACCACGGCGCACUCCCUGGACAUCAUGGGCAGCUCGUACCCACCAUCCGCCGGCGCGUUCCGGCCCGAUGUCGUGCCGUACAUCCAGCCGCUCCUGAGCUUCCUGUCCAUGACCAAGUCCCCGUUCCUGAUCAACUGCUACCCGUUCUUCGCGUACAAGGCCGACCCGAGCGGAGUGCCGCUGGAGUACGUCCUCUUCCAGCCCAACGCAGGGGUGACCGAUCCCAACACGAAGCUCAACUACGACAACAUGCUGUACGCUCAGAUAGACUCCGUGUACGCUGCGAUCCAAGCGCUGGGGCACACUGACAUCGACGUGAAGGUCUCCGAGACCGGGUGGCCGUCCAGGGGCGAUCCUGAUGAGGUAGGCGCGACAUUGGAGUAUGCUGGGAUCUAUAUCGGAAACCUCUUGCAGAGGAUCGAGAUUAAGCAGGGCACGCCGCUGAGGCCGUCGGUGCCUAUCGACGUCUACGUCUUUGCGCUGUUUAAUGAGAACCUGAAGCCGGGGCCGGCCUCUGAACGGAACUACGGGUUGUUCUACCCUGAUGGCACGCCGGUUUACAACGUCGGGCUGCGUGGAUACCUUCCACCGAUGGAUGAAUCAGAAGGCACAAGAAAGGCGGUUCAUUUGUUUGCCCUCAUCGCCAUUGCAUCGAUCACUCUCAUCUUAUCCUGAGAGCAUAUAUUGUUGACCACUGCAGCAAAGUUGAUGGAGGAAGUGAUGAGCCUGAGGAUCUCUUGCUGCUAGGGUUCCACUAGCAGAUCACAAGGGAACCCCCGGAAGCAGAACACUGUCAACAAAUACUUUGAUCACCACAGACUUAUACGGCCAGCCCAGCAGGCAGUUGGAGUGAUUUUUUUUUAUACCAUCCAGGAGCUAAAAAUGGCUCCACACUGAUAGUGAAGUAGAACUAACUGAAGAUUGGAGACGAUAGAUGGCCAAUGUACACUUGGUUUGGUAGAAUUCAUCUUGAUUUAUUCUGGAGAUGUCUUCUUCAUGCAACUGUAUAAUUUGUGUAUCGGACUAAAAGACUGGAGAUAAAUUCAGGUCAACAUUGGCAAUUGUUACCUCA